CCACAACCGAAUUAAUUCACUGGCUGGUGCACAAGGGCGGUCAACCGACUGCAAGCGAGAGAGCUUGAACAUGAGCUUCGCCAAAAUCUCUUAAAAGCUUUGCAUCAACCGAUCCAUCUCUUGUUUCGCUAAUAUUCCAGACCAGUUUUCCUCCUAUCACUUUCUUUGGGUAAACGCACCACCCAUCAUGCCUCAUACAGUCACCGUUACCCGAUUGAAACUCAGUCAUCUAAAAUUCACUCGAGAGGACCUGCGAAGAGACUUCAAAAAUGACAUGGUUGCAGCUUUCGGCGAAUUCGUCGGUACAUUCACUUUUAUGCUCCUGGGACUUGGUGGCAUUCAAGCCGCUGGUACUUCCAAUUCCGCCACACUGGCUCGAGCGGCCACGCAGACUGCGAGUGAGACCAGUAAAGGUGCCAGUGCUAUUAACACCGUGGCUACCAUCGAGCAAUUAACGUAUAUCUCGGUCUCGAUGGGAUUGAGUUUGCUGUUUUCAGCUUGGAUCUUCUAUCGUGCCACGGGUGCAGCUUUCAACCCAAACGUCUCAUUCGCCUUGGUCUUGGUGGGGGUCAUUAGCCCAACAAGAUUUUUCUUUUAUGUGAUUUCUCAAUUUGCGGGCGCAAUCACUGCCUGUGGAUUGCUUGAAAUCCUAUUACCGGGACCUUUGGCAGUAACCCCAGCCUUGGGAGCUGAUACCAAUUCUGCACAAGGCGUCUUCAUCGAAUGUUUCAUCACAUGCGCUUUGAUCUUAUCUGUGUUGUUUUUGGCCGUAGAGAAGCAUCGAGCCACCUUCUUGGCACCGCUCGGAAUCGGUAUCACUCUCUUUGCUGGACAUCUAUUUGCCGUCGUAUACACUGGAGCUGCUACCAACACGGCUAGGGCGUUUGGGCCGUCUGUUAUCACGGGUUUCGGAAAUGACCAUUGGGUGUAUUGGGUUGGUCCGACGCUUGGGUCAUUCUUGGCUGUCACGAUUUAUACGCUUAUGAAACGAUUCAAGUACUGGCGAUUGAACCUUGAACAAGAUACCGACAAGGGCAGCAAAUCCCCAGAUUUGUUCUUUCAAGAAAAAAUCGAAGCCGGCACUGAUAAACCUAACAAUGCUCAGCGACUCCUGCCAAGUCUUGGCCAAAUCACCGAUCUCCUCAGGGGCAAUGCAAACAACGAGGAAGGUCAUCACGAAUCCGGCCCAAGUGGUCACCCAACGCAAUCCAUAGGUUCUGAAAUCGUUUGAUUUUCCGACUAGCACUCCGCCUACUUUAUCCACUUCAUUUUCAUUUUUACAAUCGUUUGUAUAUAGUUGGACCCCGUCAACUGUGCUUGGAUUUUCUUGCUAUACCUACUUUUUCUUUUCGCUACAAACUCGCAUGUAGCUUUAAUCCUAAUCUGUUAAUUUUGGCUUUUAUGACGAAUAAAACAUGAAAUUUCCCUUCCAAGACUUUUCUCAGUGUCUUCCAGAUUUUUAUGUACAGUGGGUAAUCAAAAGUUGUCUAAAUUCUCUUCAACCUAUGUAACGAUAUCCCCAGAAUAAGUACACCUGCUG